AUUUAUUAGUAAUAUUUAAAUAUAAUAAAGAUAGGAAGAUAUAUAUAGCAUUAAUAUUAUUUGCUAAUGAUGUUCCAGCUGCAAGAAAGAUUUGUAAUCAUGCAAGUCAUAUAGUUAAAUGUUAUCAUUGCCCAAAACAUUUAAAAUAUGAUCCUGAUACUAAAAAAUCCACUAUAAUGAAUAAAUAUGAACAAUAUAUUAAAGAUACAGAA